AGAGAGAGAGAGAGACACCUCCCAGAGGACAAAUAUACAAGUUGUGGUGGGAGUCCUCUUCCUCAUUUAGCUGUUGCAACUGUGCAGUGAAGACCUGUUCAUCAGAAAAGAUAUUCAGUUAAUUUCCCCCCCCCCCCAAAUUGAUCAUGGACAUUGAUGUCAUGGAGAACAUCUUCCUUCUGGUGUUGGUUACACUCUUCAGUGUUCUUCAAAAUGCGUUCAUUGCUCUAAAGGUGGAAAAAGAGUGCAAAAAACAAGAUGCUGCGUUUGAACGACUGUCAUGUGCCAAGAGGAACUGCAUGGACACAUAUCCCACAUUCCUGGCUGUCAUGUGGUGUGCUGGUAUCUGUCUCAGUCAGGCUCCAGCGGCAUUUGCAGGAGGGGUGUACCUGGUGACACGGCAGAAGUACUUUGUCGGGUACAUGGGGCAGACAUGUCAGAGUAUCCCCGGUUAUCUAUUUGGGAAGCGUAUGCUUGCCUUCCUAUUCCUAAUGUGUUUGGUGGGCAUCGUUAACUAUCUGCUGGGUCAGUACUGCGGAAGUGACUACAAGGAAUACGUACAGACCAUCACCAAGGCGGCCUCUACCCUUCUUCUGAUUCCCUGAAGCCCACAGCAGGAGCUGCAGAGAAUGUGUUCAGGUUUUUGUUUUUGUGUUGAUGCAGACACAAGCUUCUCUGUCUAUGCAUUUGAUGAGAAAAUUUGACGUGUGAAUAAAAUCCUUUUUUCUUUGCAAAA